AACGACGGCGAACACUGAACAAAAGAUGAAACUUUGAUCUCGGGUUUUUGCGUCUUUUACUUGCAAAGUUUCGGAAAUGGAAGUGAUGGACAAAUGGGUAGCUGAAUUUUUCCUCCGUCGCCAACAAAAUCCUAGGGUUUACGCUUCUCCUCUGUUAUCGGCUCUGAAACCAGUAGAUUCUGACGACUGUCUAAAGCUCAAGGUAACUGCUGUUUUGCGAGACAUCUCGAAUUCCUUGAUUCGAGGUACGGUCGACGAAGGAAUGCUUGAUCUCCUCGAGAUUCUUGAGAAGCUUCUGUUGGAGGAACAUUCGGUUAUCAUGGGGUCUCUCAAAUCUGCGUAUUGCUGGACUGCUGUGGAAUGCACGCUUAGGUUUAUGUGGCCAGUGACUGCUUCGGAUGGCUUCUUCGGCGACGCCCUUGAGAGGAUUUGGAGGAAUCGGGUUGGGACAUUGAAGGAGAGGGAGAGCGAUUUGGUGACUCGUGAGUUGUUAAAAUGGGAGAAUGAUCUAAACAAGGCGUUUGAGAAACCUGAGAUUUACCAGAAGAUUCGUGAGACUAAUAUCAGGUACAAUGCCAUCUCUCAUCUCAAUCAGCUUCUCAAAGAGCAGUGGGCACUACUUGGGGGUUCCUCUCUUGAAUCAGUAGCUCAAAAGAGGUUUCUUAAGCGCAAGGUGAAUCAACAAGAACAGGAACAUGAGCCAAGUCUUAAUAAGGGGGACAUGUUGGUAGCUCGAGAGCUCAAGGAUUUUUUGUUGGAGAUUCAAAGAAUCAUCGACCCUUCAACAAGGCAAGAUCAAAAACCUGACAAUGCAAUGGACCAGUCAGUUGAUGUCACUCCUCAGCCUGAUGGGGCAAAUAUGACCGAAGCAGAAGAUAGUGAGGGAACAUCAUCGUCUAGAAGAGUCCGGCCUCAUCUACCAACCCCGGAACCUCUGAAUGUAUCACCACUGAAGAAAGGAAGAUUGGAAAGACCGCGUCCUAGAAGGCCAAUGAAAUUCUGGACUCCUGAAGAAGUGGCAGCUUUGAGGGAAGGAGUGAAAGAGUAUGGAAAAUCAUGGAAAGAUAUCAAGAAUUCAAACCCUGUUGUUUUGGCUGAUAGGAGUGAGGUGGAUUUGAAGGAUAAGUGGAGGAAUUUAUUUGGUCGGCAGUAGUAAGAAUCUUGCCUGGUCACUUUUGGGUGUUUUUGGGCUUUUUGGUUUUGAGAUCUUGUGUAGUUUUUGCCUCGUGUUAGAAAGGGACUCACUUUUUGUAUGGUGAGGGGUUUAUUGAUGAUUGAAUAGAAUAUGUACUUGAUU